CCUCCAGCCCACAAGGCCAGGUCUCCACAGGCUUUUGGGUCCCAGACCGUGGUAGACGCUGAGCAAUGGCCUCCAUGGGGCUGCAGGUAAUGGGCAUUGCCCUGGCUGUGCUGGGCUGGCUGGGUGCCAUCCUGAGCUGCGCGCUGCCCAUGUGGCGCGUGACGGCCUUCAUCGGCAGCAACAUCGUCACAUCACAGACCAUCUGGGAGGGCCUGUGGAUGAACUGCGUGGUGCAGAGCACUGGCCAGAUGCAGUGCAAGGUCUACGACUCGCUGCUGGCGCUGCCCCAGGACCUGCAGGCCGCCCGCGCGCUCAUCGUGAUCUGCAUCAUCGUGGCUGUGCUGGGCGUGCUGCUGUCCGUGGUGGGUGGCAAGUGUACCAACUGCGUGGAGGACGAGGGCGCCAAGGCCAAGAUCAUGAUUGUGGCGGGCGUGGUGUUCCUGCUGGCCGGCCUGCUGGUCAUGGUGCCUGUGUCCUGGACGGCCCACAACAUCAUCCAAGAUUUCUACAACCCCCUGGUGGCCUCAGGCCAGAAGCGGGAGAUGGGCGCCGGGCUCUACAUUGGCUGGGCAGCCUCUGGCCUGCUGCUUCUCGGGGGAGCCCUGCUCUGCUGCAACUGCCCACCUCGCACCGACAAGCCCUACUCGGCCAAGUACAUCCCCGCCCGCUCCGCACAGGGCAGCAACUACGUGUAAGGUGCCACCACUCCGCUCUGACGCUUUGGCUUCGUUUCUCCAUAGACUGAGCUCCGUGCCGCCUAUGACCCUGGGAUGGCGCGGCCACAGGCUGCGGGCUGAAGGGGCUGGGCAAACAGGGACUAAGCCAGGCCAGCGGCCCUCAGCCCCUCUUGGACACCUGACCACAGCCCACCUCGACAACAAUGGACAGAAAGACUCCUGGGCCUCGCUCCCGAGUGGCCACCACCAGGGGAGGGGGCUGGGGCAGCAGGGUGUGGCCACAGAGCUGGGAGCUGGCGCCUGCUGGCCAGGACAGCUCAGCCUUGACUUUGUUUGGGUUUGAGUAUGCCCUGCCCAUGCCUGUGUUGACCAUUGUCCCCUUCUCUGAUCUUCUCCACUCCCUCUACCCACAUCUUUGGGUGGGUCAGGGAGCACUGGGCUGUUCCUUGCCCAUGGAAACCUGUGGCCAUGAGAUUGGCUGGGCCUUGCUCAUAGAGGAGCACAAAGUGGACAGACAGGUUUAGAGGGGAGGGGUGAGGGCACCACAAACUGGUUUGGGGAGUCGUGGGGGAGGGGGCUCUUGAGGCAGCCCACUUGGCCUCCACCCCUCCUCCCUUCUGUCCCCGCCACAGCCAGGCAGCCCCCCAGGUCCACCUCAGCAGAAGGACCCUGCCUCCUGAGACUGGCUACCUCUGGAUUGCCGCCCCUGUCAAGGUCACUGGCUAGCCUGGAGAGGGCAGGGGAGCGGUCUUUUGCUGGCCCUCAUCCCCGGACACCCUGGGGCUUUUCCCUGCCUCCCAUGCAGUUUCUGUUUUGUAAUUUAAGAUCUGUUUGUCACUGUAGUUACUGUUGUUUUCUAUAAUAAAUGGGACCUGUG